AUGAAAUAUUUUAAGAUUCGUGUUGGAACUACUUAUUCACCUGUGGUUGGAGACUUCUUAAAACUUAUCAAAUCACAUUCAGUACUUCGGUCAAAACGCUAUGUAUCACCAAAGGCAUUUGAUAAUGCUAUAUGUGAUUUUAAGACAAAACUCAACAAUAGAUGGAAUAUAAAUACUACAAGCCUUGGAAUUCGACAAAGUUUGAAUCAUUUAAAAAAACAUAAUCCAAAUAUAUUAAACGAUUUAAAACAUAACCAGAAACUUGUAAAAUUAUUAAGGGAAAAAUAUAAGUGUGAAAAUAAUGAUGAUAUGCCAAAAAAAGAAAUCUCAAAACCAAAAAAAAGAAAGAUGAAUAAUAUAUCAAAGUCUAUGGAUAGUUCUACAUUAAAAAGCCUUGAAUCAUCUGAAGAAAAUAAGGUCGAUAAACUUGAUUCUGAAGAUGUUACAAUUAUUUCUGAUAAUAAUGAUAAUGAUAGUGAUAGUAAUAAUGAGAAUGAGAAUAAUGAUAAUGAUGAUGAUGAGUGCAGUGAUAUUGAAGAUGAUGAUAAUGAUGAUGAUGAAGAUGAAGAUGAAAAUGACGAAGAGUUCAAUGAAUAUAAUAAUGUUAGCGUUAGUGAAGAUUGUGAAAAUGAUACAAUCAUAACAGAUCAUAACUAUGGACAGCAAAAUUUAUCAUACACAUGUGAUAAGUGCAGUGCAAGUUAUAAAACAGAAAAGAAAUUGAAAAAGCACAUAUUUAUAGAGCAUAAUAUUGGAGAUAACCCAUAUAAAUGCAGUGGAUGUAAUAAGCUACAUCACAUGCAAUUACAUCAAAAACCAAAAUUUGAAUGUAAGUUAUGUCCGAAAAAGUACCACAAGCCAUAUCUUUUUAAGGAGCACAUGAAAACACAUAAACAAGCACGUGAUAACAUAUGUGAAUACUGUGGUAAGGGCUACAACACUCGUAAGAGUUUGGCUGUUCAUCGCAAGGUACAGCAUAAUCUUACCUUUAAAUGUGAUAUAUGCAAUUUAAAGCUUAGUUCCGAUGCAGCAGUCGUUCGUCAUAAGCAGUAUAUGCAUUUAGCACUGGAAGGAACAAACGAAGAAUUGGAGGAAAGGACUAAAUUUAAUCGCUAUCCAAAAAUUAUAGAUCCCGAAACUAAGAAGAAACGAUACUUUUGCGAGUUAUGUGAAAAUACAUAUGCAAAUUGCAGUUCGUUAUUAUCACACAGAAGAAAUAUACAUAAAAUUAAACCGAACAAAAAGAAUAUGUAUCGCAAAACGGUGCUCAGGAAAUGGAAUAAACAAAAGGCUGCAAGCUUGCAAAAUAGUGCGAAGGAAGAAACCGAUGAAUAUAUUCCGCAUGAUGAAUAUCAAUAUAUUGAGAUGAAAGAAGAUGAUGAUAUAAUAUUGGAAGAGACCGAGGGUGACGAGUCCUUUAAUUUGUUAGAUGAAUAUUUUGAAUUAAUUGAUUAA